CCCACGUGGUUCCGGCAGUGAAAAUGGCGGCAGUAGGAGCCCCAAGCUCGCGCGAGUCCGCUCCAAGAAUCUUGCGUCUGGUGGCUGAGUGCAGUCGCUCCAGAGCCCGGGCGGGUGAGCUGCGGCUACCGCAUGGAACUGUGGCCACCCCUGUGUUCAUGCCUGUGGGUACACAGGCCACCAUGAAGGGUAUCACGGCGGAGCAACUGGACUCGCUGGGCUGCCGCAUAUGCUUGGGCAACACCUACCAUCUGGGGCUGAGGCCGGGUCCGGACCUGAUCCAGAAAGCCCAGGGUCUUCAUGGCUUCAUGAAUUGGCCCCACAAUCUGCUGACGGAUAGUGGCGGCUUCCAGAUGGUGUCCCUCUUCUCCCUGUCCGAGGUGACGGAGGAGGGCGUCCGCUUCCGCUCGCCAUACGACGGAGAAGAGACACUUCUGAGCCCAGAGAGGUCCGUGGAAAUCCAGAACGCUCUGGGCUCGGACAUCAUUAUGCAGUUGGACGACGUGGUGAGCAGCACGGUGACAGGCCCUCGAGUGGAGGAGGCCAUGCACAGGUCAGUCCGCUGGCUGGACAGGUGCAUCGCAGCCCACCAGCAUCAGGACAAGCAGAACCUCUUUGCCAUCAUCCAGGGCGGACUGAAUGCUGAUCUCCGCACCACUUGUCUGAAAGAAAUGACCAAGAGGGAUGUGCCUGGCUUCGCCAUUGGAGGGCUGAGUGGGGGAGAGAGCAAGGCACAGUUCUGGAAGAUGGUGGCAUUGAGCACCUCCAUGCUGCCCGAGGACAAGCCACGCUACCUGAUGGGGGUUGGCUAUGCCACUGACUUGGUGGUCUGUGUGGCCCUUGGAUGUGACAUGUUCGACUGUGUAUUCCCCACGAGGACAGCGCGCUUUGGCUCCGCCCUUGUGCCCACGGGAAACCUGCAGUUGAAGAAGCAGCAGUAUGCCAAAGAUUUCAGCCCCAUAAAUCCUGAGUGUCCCUGUCCCACCUGCCGGAAGCAUAGCCGAGCCUUCCUGCACGCUCUCCUGCACAGUGACAACACUGCAGCGCUGCACCACCUCACUGUGCACAACAUUGCCUAUCAGCUGCAGCUCCUGACUGACCUGCGAAGCAGCAUCUUGGAGCAGCGCUUUCCUGAGUUCGUGCGAAACUUCGUGCGCACCAUGUAUGGUGACCACAGCCUCUGUCCUUCCUGGGCCGUGGAAGCACUGGCCUCUGUGGGAAUCACACUCACAUAAUCUGGUUGCUAAGGAGGGACGCUGGGGUAUGGGGUCUACUGAA